AUGCCCACAACUCGCUCCCAACUUCCUCCACAGGCAUGUCCCCCUUUCACUGCUGCCUGGGUUAUCAACCACCCCUCUUUCCUGCCCAAGAAGAGGAGUUUUCCCGUUACCGACUGCUUACCUGCCACCGAUAACGAAUUUGGAUCAAGGACCUCUUCCCCUUUCUUCGGCUUCGACCCUCGCCAGCUCCACGACCCCGAUUUAUCUCCUCUCCUCACCGGACUCACGCUGCCGCUUCUCGCCGGCUCUGCUCGCUCCUGCCUCCCCGCAAGGCUCAGGCUUUUUUCAUACCGGCAUAAAGCUCACGCUUCCGCAUUCCUGCGAGCCAAGCGUCAUACACACUGCCUCGGCCCGCUCAUGCUGGCGCUCCGUGCUUCCGCUUUCCAGCGGAUUUAUUCCAAAUCCCAGCUCUACGCGGAAUUAAGGAGCAGUAAACAAAGCGGCGGACCUGCUGCCUCGAACUGGACCACUUCCAGGAGAGUGGCGUCUCCAUCUCGAAACAGUGAGACUUGUAUGGGAACACUUCGGAAUAUCCCUACAAACUACAAGGUUCUGUUUCUGCAAGGUGGUGGUUCAGGCCAGUUCAGUGCUAUUCCUCUGAAUCUGAUCGGUCUGAAGGAGGACAGGUGUGCUGAUUAUAUUGUAACAGGAAAGUGGUCUGCAACUGCUGCCAAAGAGGCGGAGAAGUACGGCAAAGUGAACAUGGUAAAUCCAAAAGUGGACCGAUACACUGGGAUCCCAGACAGCAGCAGCUGGUCACUGAACCCUUCAGCAUCCUAUGUCUACUACUGCUGCAAUGAAACAAUCCAUGGCAUUGAGUUUAACUUCAUUCCUCACACCAAGGAUGUGAUUCUUGUCAGUGAUAUGUCGUCAAAUUUCCUAUCACGGCCAGUAGAUGUGUCUAAGUUCGGGCUCAUAUUUGCAGGUACACAUAAAAAUUCAGGAUGCGCAGGAACCACUAUUGUGAUCGUACGGGAAGAUCUGUUAGGAAAAGCUUUGAAGGAGACACCUGCUAUAUUAAAUUACCAAGUGCAAGCUGAACAUGAUUCCCUCUACAACACCCCACCUACCUUCAGCAUUUACAUUACAAAGCUGGUUCUGGAAUGGGUAAAAAGUAAUGGAGGCGUAGAUGCCAUGGAUAAACUGAGCAUGCAGAAAUCUGCUUUGAUUUAUGACAUCAUUAACAGCUCCAAUGGAUUUUAUAUAUCUUCAAUAGAUGUCGAGUGCCGGAGUCGCAUGAACAUUCCAUUCCGCAUUGGAAACACUGAGGGAGACGAUGUCCUGGAAAAACAGUUUCUAGAAGGUGCUUCCAAGCUUGGACUCAUGGCAUUAGAAGGACACAGGAUUCUUGGUGGAUUACGAGCUUCUCUCUACAAUGGAGUGAGUCUGGAAGAUACUCAAGUUCUUGCUGCCUUCAUGAAAGAGUUUCUAAAGAAGCAUUAUCCAAAUAAAACACAUGUCUAA